UCCAUAAAUAAUUAUGUUAGCGAUUUAGAAAGAACCAUCUCACAAAAUUAUUACUUUAAUUUAAGAGAUGAAUCCACUUUAACAAGAGCGGAUUCUUAUUGUAAUUCAGAAAUAAACAAAAUGCCAUUAAAAAGGAAGAAGGAAGAAGAAACUGAGAAUUAUCAAACAAAAAAAAAGAAAAUUCAAGAACAUACAAGUGAUAACGAUAUUAAUUUAAGUGAUAACGAUAUUAAUUUAAGUGAUGACGAUAUUAAUUUAAGUGAUGACGAUAUUAAUUUAAGUGAUGACGAUAUUAAUUUGAGAUUUAAAAAAAAAAAAAAAAAAAAAAAAAAAAUCAAUAAAAAAAAAGAAAUUAAAAUAUUUACUUCGACCUCUUCACAAAAUGUUUUUAAGAUGGAAUUUAGAGAACUUGAACAGGUAGUUCCCCAUUUACAGAAUAUAUGUAGACUACUAAAAGAAAAGUUCAACUCAAUUGUAGGACAACAUAAUUCAAAUAUUCAGUUAAUAAUAAAUCUUAUAGAAGAGGAAAAAAAAAAUGCUCAUGAAGAAGAUUUGAAAAAAAUUAGUUUUUAUUACAAUUAUUUUAUAGAGCAUAAUUAUCAUAAAUUAAAAAAUGAGGACCUUUUUUCUUUACCAUUUAAAAAUAAGUUAAGACGGCCCUUUAUUAAAUUGCAUGAUAUAUUUAGUUCUUUAGAUAUCUUCAUAAAAAAUUUUGAGAAUUUAGAAAGAUUAAUUACAUUAUAUAAGGAAACAUUUAAAAUGGUAUUUAAAAUUACAAAUGAAUUAUCUUAUACUCAUUUGCUUUUUGGUAGAUUUCUACUCACAGAUAAAAAUAAUUCUUUAUUAUAUAAAAUGUUUAAAUCUAUAUAUGAUAUGAUAGAACAUGUUAAAGAAGUACUAAUUUCUUUGUCACCAGAUCAAACUAAAAUUAGUAACACCAAAGAAUAUAUAAAUUCUGCUUUAAUUCAGUUAGAUAAGUCUUCCAGAAAAACAAAUUUUAUUACAUUAUAUUUAAAAAAAAUGAAUAUAUCACAUAAUGAUCACAAAAAAAUACUACAAAUUGUUUUUUAUUUUCUUCAAGAACUAAAUACAAUAAAUAGAAAAAGAUUAAGAAUAAUUAAGAGAAAUGUCUUUAUGCAAGACAUUAUAGAAUCAGUUUCUCAUAUUUUAUUAAAGGAAAAAAAUUAUAUUUCAGAAUCUCUUAAAAGAGCAUCUAUAUAUUUUAAUUGCAAUGUUGAAGAACUAAAUAUAGAUAAAACAAGUUUAGCUUCUUUAUUAAAAAAUAAAUAUGGAAAAAUUUGUUCGUAUGAUUUCUAUUAUUCCUUCAUUAAUUUAGUAAGAUGCUCAUGUAUUAAUAAUCUACAAAAAAAAAUGAAAAGUAUCUUUACAGAUAUAAAAAAUUUAAUGUCAUCGAAUAAUAUUAAAUGCUUAUCUAAAAAAACAAUAUCAUCUAAUAAGUUACAGAAUUAUAUACUCCUUAAAUUAAAAACUUUAAAAGAUGAAGUGAGCAAAAUUGAAUUAGAUAUAAUUUAUAGAUGUUUAUAUAAUGCAUUUAAAAGGGAUAUGACAUAUAUAAAUAAUUUUAAAAAUCACUUGAAACAUAAAAAACAAAUAUCAUUUCAACAUUUAAGAAGAGUUAAUGAAUCAUUUAAGCAUUAUUUAUUAUUAAAGGAAGGAGGUGAAGAUAUAAAAGAAAUGGAAGAAAGUAUUUUAUAUAUGUUUUUUUAUACUAAUGAAAUUAUCAACAACUUUUGGAUUAAAAAAAUGGAGUAA